CCCUUUUCGGCUGUCGGUUGUGCGCAGCCGCGGCGGAACGGGUGACGGUUUUUCGGACUGUGGUCGAGCUCUUGAGCCACUGGCACCGAGAGGUCGGACAUGUUGCUGUAGUUUCAGGACGUGGAACCGAGCGACUGUCAUGAAGGCUGGGGCCACGUCAAUGUGGGCUUCAUGUUGUGGUCUGCUGAAUGAAGUAAUGGGUACUGGGACAGUGCGUGGUCAGCAACCUGGGUUUAGUGGAGGUACAGGUCCGUUCAGGUUUGCCCACAGCACAGGAUACUCUUCAUAUCCCUCACCAAUGCCAGAAGUCCAAAAUAUAGUCUGUAAAGGCUGUGGACAGGCCUUUUCUCUUUUUAGGAAGAAGUACGUAUGUAAGGACUGCAAGAAGAAUUUCUGUUCGUUCUGUUCAGUAAUGCAAGAAAGUCUACGAAGAUGCUAUACGUGCCAAGUGUUACAACAGACUUCCUUCCAACGUAAUGAGCUUAUGAAAAUAAAGGUUAAAGAUCUACGCCAGUAUCUAAGCUUAAGAAAUAUACCGAUUGAAACAUGUCGAGAAAAAGAGGACUUAGUACAGCUUGUAUUGAGCCAUCAUGAAUCAGACGCUGACGGAUCAGACACAGAGAAUAUUCGUUCACCAAGGUCUCAGAGUUCACCAUUUUAUACUACCCCUCCUUCCACUGCGUCAGCAUCAGCAGCAUCAUCUUCUUCUCAGGGGAUUUCCUCCAAUGAAAGACCCACCUCAGGAACUCCAAACAUGCAUCAGGAAAGGGAAGAGGCAACAUCUCCAAUGAAUAGAGGAUCUGAAUCACAGCAUCAGGAAUAUGCAAAUGAAAUCAUUCCACCCCAAAAAACAAGAGCCUCAUUGUCAGACCUAUCUAGUCCUGAAGACAUUGAAGCAUUGACUGUUCGUCAGCUGAAGGAAAUACUGGCACGCAACUUUGUCAGCUUUUCAGGGUGUUGUGAAAAGUGGGAAUUAGUGGAAAGAGUAAAGAGAUUAUUCAAAGAAACAGAAGAAAAUCGCAAAUUCUUGGAAAAUGGAAAUAAUCCAGCUGUAGCUGCAGUUGAAGAACAGCUGCAGUUCAGCAGUGAUGAGAAUCUCUGCAGGAUCUGUAUGGAUGCAGUGAUCGAUUGUGUUCUCCUUGAAUGUGGUCAUAUGGUCACUUGCACUAAAUGUGGAAAGCGCAUGAAUGAAUGCCCUAUUUGUCGACAGUAUGUUGUACGGGCAGUACAUGUCUUUAAAUCUUAAACUUGGGAGGUGUUUGAAUGAAAGAAGUUGGCUUUUCCUGUGGAUAUAUGAAACUUGAUGGAGAAACAUUUUAUGACCAUAUCAAUGACUGUAAAUUGUAGCCAUUUUGGAUAGUGUUAGUGGAAUGGAAUUUCUUUUAAUUUACUAACCGUUAUCAUUACUUAUCACUAGGAACCUUAAAGAUAUUAGAGUUAAACAACACUUUAAGAUGCAAACAAAAAAUUACUGACUUUAUCAGCACUAAAUCAGAGAUUAAAUGAAGGAUAUGCUGGGGAAAAAAAAACAAAGAUUCUAUUUUAAAUUUUUCACCGCUUUUUUAAGUCUCCUAAAACAUUCGCUAUUUAACGGAUUAAUGUGUGAUAGUGUAGCUAUUGAGCAUUCAGCAGUACCCCAUAUGAGAACAGAAAGGAAACCUCAAUCUUACAUAACUUACUGCCAACUAUCUUUUCUCAUUUUUGAUUUCUGUACAUUUUGUACACUGUUUUUAAAUUCAUUUUGACUAAUAAAGAAUGUAUUGGAAUAGCGAUGGUCAUUCAUUUUGACAAAUUACAAAAAUCAAUAUGCAAAAAUGUUUCUGAUCCUUGCAUGUGCUUUGAGAGAUUUUUGUAAAACUAACAUUUUUUUCUUUCAGUUUUUAAUUUGUAUUCUGUUCCUUCCAUAAAGUUGCCUGACUCUAUUUUAAGCCUAGAUGUUUAAAAGGAGUUGAAACAGCUAUUAUGCAAUUUUAAUGUAUAAAGACAUGUGUCAAAUCUGUGGUGCUUAUUAUUUCUAACUGCAACCAUUACACUUGCCUAUAGAAUCAUUAACAACUUAACAGAAUUUUUAUGAAAGAACAGUGCGUCUUCUCAAGAUAAUUUCUUGUGUCCAGUUGUGGUAAGUAACUUUAUGGGCAGUUGCUGGCAGCCAACAAGUCAGCCUUCAGUGAAAGGAAGGAUGAACUGUAGGAAGGAGAGCAGAAGUACAGUGGCUUGGAGACAGUGUACUAUUUGUUAAUUACAAUGAACUAGAUGGUGGAAUAGUUAGUCAGACAGGAAAUGUCCUAGCUGUUGAAAUCAGGGAUGGGGGCCAGGUGAAAUAAAACUAUACAACACUUACGACAACACUCUUAAGUGACUUGUACAUUCCCAGAACCAGAAGCAUUAUAGAUUCAUGAUAUUUUUUGUGUGCCCCCCACCAAUUAACAAUACUUGGAUUUUUGUGGGUUUUGAUACCUCAUGCAGUUUACAACCCAAAGCAACAAAAGCACUUUCUUUGUACAAACAGUAUAUUGAAUACCGUAUUUUCUGAUUUUAGAGUCUUUAUGGACAAAGUCCAGGGUGGAUCAGUUUCUGUUGAACAUGUGCUAGGCUUCAAAGUUAUGCAGGCACACCAAAUAGCUUUCAUUGUUAGCCAGAAAGCAGAAAAACUUCAACAGAUCUAGCAUUGAGGUUGCUAAAUGUUGAUGGAACUGACAAAGAGGACUCCAUACAUUAUAAGGUAGUAAACACGGUAAAACCUGGCCCUGUUUAUAUUAAUUUUUCACUAGCACAAAGCUGGCACGACUUAAAGAAGUUUGCACAAGAGCAAUUAAUGUAUUAACUGCCAACACAUUGCCCACAAUUGUUUAAGAACAACUUUUGAAUCCUGUCUUCUACUUCUUACAUUCAGCCCUACCUCCUUUGAGGAUUUCAGACAUUUUUGAAAAACACUGUGUGUGUGUGUAACAUACAUUUUCUGAGAAACUGACUCAAAGCUUUUUAAAAAAGAUUAGAAUACAAAAGGACAACAUGAUCAAGGGCUAAAAUUUAAGGCAGUUUAAAUUGUAGUACUUCCAUUAGAUGCCACAUACCUGACAUCCAUUGUAAUAAACACAAAAUUAAUUCUCAUGUCUCACCCUGUCCUUAAUUUGCAUCUCAUCGUUAUGCAUAACAAACUUCAACAGACACAAAAUGGGGUGGAAACCAUUGUUUUCUCAGAGAAAAUGAUCAUUUUCAUUUAGAAGUGUUUAAAAAAAGUUUUGUACAGCACCUUGAGUAUUGUUCCCCUGUGAGUCUAACAAUAGUUCAGUACACAGCUUUCAAGACAGGUUUUAUACAAAUUCAGCAAUGACAAACAGUAAAUGGUGGAAAACCAAUAUCUUGUCACUUUACAGUAUUAUUACUGCUGCUAAGCUGCUUGCCUUAAAGGCAUGCAAUGAUGGCACAUACAAACAUCACGAAGAUCAUUCCACAUAGAACAUGUGAAACUUUACAGAGAUUAAACCACAAGUAACAAACAGCAAUUGAAAUCAAUUGGAAUUCAAUUGUAUAUAAGUAAUAAUGUUACUAUUGAAAUUUCCACACUACUCUCAAUAAAGUAAUUUCUGUACAAAAAUAUUUCUGCAUAAUGUAUGAUAUGUAGAGUUUAACAAAACAACAAUAUUUAUAACAUGGUCAAAAUGUGUGGUCGAAGAUAUCUUUGUUUUAAGACUUUCUUUUAAAAGAACUGAAAUUAAAAUUUACACUGCACAUGCUUUAGUUGUAAAACGUGCACAAAAAAGUUAGUUUUUUUUUAAUUUUUUUCCCCCCCUCUUGCCACGUAGGUUUAUACAAAUACAAACAGUUGUGCAUCAGUGUCUUUUUAUAAC